AUGCAGACCAUAAAGUGUGUGAUCAUCGGGGACGGGACUGUGGAUAAAACAAAACUUUUGUACAGCUACACCACUGGUCAUUAUCCGAGUGGGGACUGCACUGUGUUGGAUAGAUAUUCUGUUGACGUACUGGUGGAUGGGAAUCCAGUGACUCUGGGACUGUGGGAUACAUCAGGACAAGAGGAUUACGACAGGCUUCGGCCACUUUCCUACCCUCAGACUGAUGUGUUCUUGAUCUGCUUCUCUCUUGGGGAUCCAGCAUCGUUUGAGAACGUCCGUAAAAAGUGGCAUCCAGAAGUCAGACAUCAUUGCCCCAACACUUCCUUCAUUCUAGUGGGGACUAAACUGGAUCUGAGAGACGACAAGGACACCAUUAAAGAGCUGAAAGAGACGAAACAAACUCCCAUCACAUACAAACAAGGUCUGGCUAUGGCUGAAGAAAUAGGAGCUGUGAAGUACCUGGAGUGCUCAGCAUUAACACAGAUGGGCCUUAAGACUGUGUUUGAUGAAGCCAUUCGUGUGGCCAUGGGCCCGUCCCGAGUGAAGAACCGAGAGAGAAAGUGUUUGAUCACCUGA